AUGGGAAUCUUUUCUAGCGAAGGCUUCUCCUUUUCUGAACUUGCUGGAAUGAUGUUCAUGUGGAGCACCAUCCAGCAGCUAAUCCCACAACUAACCUUCAUUUGGAGAACAAUUCAGCAGCUAGUCCCGCAAAGCGUGAGUCUCUUUCUGGAGAAAUUAGGUGCAAAAUUGCACGGUUUAAGCAAUCCAUAUGUGCACAUUAAAUUCCCUGCUUACUUGGGCGCCGGCGAGUAUAACGACGCCUACUAUCUCAUCGGAUUCUACCUCAGCACCAAGUCCAGCAAACAAGCAGCUCGUUUGAAGGGAGCUAAGUUCGAAGAAACGAAAUCUAUGACUAUCACCUUGGAUGAUGGAGAGGAAACCAUUGACGAGUUCAAUGGUGUUCUGCUUAAAUGGAAGGCUAAAAAUCUAAAGGCACAAGCUAGUACUAAUUCGUCGUCAUCCACGGAUGAAACGAGCACUUCAUGCAGGACACAGUCCUAUGUUCUUGUCUUCCACAAGAGAUACAGAGAAAUGGUUACAGAGAUUUACCUGAAUCAUGUGAUUCGCGAAGGCAAGGCGAUCUGGAACAGGAAUCGGAAGAGGAAGCUCUUCACUAACAAAGCAGGGUGGGAGAGCAUUAACUUUAAGCAUCCUGCAAAUUUUAAUACUCUGGCUAUGGACCCUAAGAAGAAGCAAGAAAUCAUCGCUGAUCUCGAUGCUUUUAAGAAGAGAAAAGAGUAUUAUGGGAGGAUUGGCAAGACCUGGAAGCGUGGUUAUCUGCUUUACGGUCCACCUGGAACAGGGAAAUCAACCAUGAUUGCAGCCAUAGCCAAUUAUAUGGACUAUGAUAUCUAUGAUCUGGAACUCACAUCAGUCACUGACAAUGCGGAGCUCAAGGAGCUUCUGACGGACACGAGGAGCAAAUCUAUCAUUGUGAUUGAAGAUAUUGAUUGCUCACUUGAUUUCACAGGGAAAAGGAAGGAGAAGGAUCACACAAAGAGUGAAGAAGAUCAAGACAUGAAAUCUGGAAACGAAAAGGAUAGCAAUAGCAAGAGUAAGGUAACACUAUCUGGGCUACUGAAUGUUAUUGAUGGAAUAUGGUCAGCUUGUGGUCAACAGAGGAUCAUCAUCUUCACCACUAAUCAUGUGGAAAAACUUGAUCCGGCAUUGAUUCGCCGAGGGCGAAUGGACAUGCAUAUUGAAAUGUCUUACUGCAAAUUUGAAGCAUUCAAAACAUUGGCUAAGAAUUACUUGGAUAUCGAUUCGCACCCUUUAUUUGAAGAAAUCAGGCUGUUGUUAGAGGAAAAUGAGGUCCGCCCCUGUGAUGUGGCAGAGAACUUGAUGCCAAAGGCUGAUUCUAGAGAUGCUGAAACCUGCCUGAGGAACCUCAUUGAAGCUAUCAAUGCUGAAAAAGAAAGGCAACAGUCGAAGGCAAAAGAUGAACAAGAACAAGAAGAAAUCAAAGGGUCCAAAUCUGCGAAAAGAAUAGUCCCGCAAAAAGAAACACACCAAGGUUCCCGGAAAGUUUGUACUCGGAAAAUCAAGAAAUGGUUGACCAUCUUCAAGAAACUAUAA